AUGUGGGACUUUAUAAGAGCAGCACUUCAGAAUUUAGAGACAUAUGAGGCAGUACUGGAGACAUCAGAGUUGCCAUGUUUGCUACUGACAACGCUAGAGGAACUAUUAGAAGCCCCUGAGACUAAUGCCACACAACUGCAAGAAGUAGCCGACAUUUUAUUGCAGAUGAUUGAAUUCCCUACUGAUCGAAAACUCCCGCAAAAGACUAUAACGACGCUACAUUCAACUCGAGAGUGGGCAAUUCAGACGCUAUUAAACGUCCAAGUGGCUCAAGCAGAUGGUAAAAAGGAGGGCCUAUUGCAAGAGUUAAUGACAUCCAAGUCUUUGCAACAGAUGCAGUCGAAACUAUUUGUGUCGGCGCCGUGCAGAGACGCAGAUGUGGAGAUGGAGUUACAUCAAUUGCUAUUGGUUGCAGUGGAGCAUGAAGACGAGAGUGCGACUCUCUCAGAGAUUUUGGAAAUCUGCGCUGCCAAAUUGCCAAAUGAUACGCAGUUUCUUCAGUUCGCAGAGACUGCAUUGUCUGGAAAGUCCGAGACGUUGACACUCGGAAGUGUCUUCCUUCAACGAUUAUUUGAUCGACAAACCAGACAGUCCCACGCAAAUGGUCAAAUGAUUGAGGACAAGGUGCGACAUGGACAGCGUCUUUUUGACGAGCUGACUCUUGGAAGCAGAAUCGCAGUGUGGGCAAACCACCUCCCGAGCUGGCGAUCGCAGUUGCAGACUUGGAUGCUAGCAUCUCAUCGAGCGCCGUUCGAACCGAUCAGCUCUGUGUUACCUGAUGACUGGUGGCCUAAGGAUGGCUGGAGAGCAGGUACAAAUUCUGUGGUAGCGGCUUGUUAUCGCUAUUCGCACUUGUACGUUACGUUUAUCGAGUGGUGUCGGUGUCAUGUGGAUCUACUCUCAUCGUGUCGUAGCAUGGAGUUGGUGAAUGUGUUGUCCCGAAGCAUACGACAAGAGAACGCUGCCUGCCUUUUCAAUCGUCAAUUGUUGAGCCACGUACCGAUGGUAGACUACGCACAAGGAAGCUGGCCAUGUGACCAGCGCGAGCGAACAUUCCUUACACUAGGCACCAGUCUUGAGCGUCUUCAAAAGACACGCAGUGCUUCUGAUGUUGUGUGGCAGUACGAGUGGAUCGGAGUGUUAGAACGGUCUCACUUGCUGCAUGAAGCGCUGGAGCUCACGUUUCAUGGUGACACCGACAGGGACAUGGAUGACAAGAUCAACAAAGGCCAAUCUGCUGCUCGGAGUUCUGUACAAUUUUUCAGCUGGUUUUACUCGUUUCUAUACUCCGAGUCUGCUGAUAAGAUAGCCUCGCUACUAAUGACGACUUCGUCGGAGCUCAAGGAGUUAGAUAUUCGUAGUGGAGCGCGGUGGCUGAGACGAAGUCGCGCCGAUUUUAGCAUUCUUCCCAUUGUGCGUCUUCGGCUCGUUUGGUUUUGGCUACUGAAAAGCAUUGAUGCCGAGUUGCAGAUGCCUGUAUCUGCGAUUGGAGAAGGCGCUAUAAGCGUAGCCACAACUGAUGUUCUCGAGUCCGUCGAGUACAUUUUUCGGCGUUUCACGCCACCGAGGAUCAAGCGGCCUUUUCAAGUGGAGUUCGUGACGCAACUACUAGUCGAGCUUGAGUGGCGCGCAACGAAAACGAAGACAAAGGACAAGUUUUUGAACGCGAUCGAACCUGUUUGGGCUUGGCUGACGAAAAUCGUGCGCUUGAUGCAGCUUGAGGAGCAAACUGCGCACCAAAAAGACAGCAGAAGUAACUAUGGCAGCCGCAGAAACGCUGCAAACGAUGUGGAGCACUUGGCGAGGCGUAUGGAGCAGCUCGCUCCUUGA